AUGAGUGGGAGCCUGGAGGCGAAGAUUGGAUCCUCCAACCCCUCAUUCCUCGGUGGAGACCAAUCAGAUGGCCAACAUGAGGCCAGAGAGCUGCCUGAAGCUGGAGGGCUGUGCCUGUCAAUGACCAUGCUUGGUGGCAGUUGUGGACCGGUGGAAAAAGCGCCCGGUCAGAAGAAGUCGGAUAUUGCAUGGCCACAUCAUAUGAUUGCAGCUAUGAGAUCACCAGUACCUACCGACAGUGCUGAAUUCCAAACUCCACUUGAGUCCUCAACUAAGCACCACCCAACAAUAAUUGCGCACCUGGCCAGUCCAUUCAUCCAAGCCCGCCGCCGCCGCCGCCGCCCACCAGCCACCAUCGAAUACUUCGUUGUUGCCUAUGAAUCAAGCCAAUUUACUAUUCUGGCAAAAGCAAACCUAUUUCCCACUGAAGACUCAUUAGCGCAUCCCCCCAGAAAGAGAAAAGAGGAAGCCACCGCCCCCAUUGUCAUCAUUGUUCAAAAUCAAUCCACCAUUGUCUAUCAUUGUCCCCGUCAACAUCGCCAGAAACCUGCUGCGUGUACAGUCAGACAAAUGGGUGCAGCGUCAAUGGCAACAGCCAGCACCAGCACCAGCACCAGCACCAGCACCAGCACCAGCACCAGCACCAGCACCAGCACCAGCACCAGCACCAGCACAUCCUUCCGACCAGAAGAACCAAGAGACGAAACCCGAUGGCUAGUGCAAGGGUCGUCCUCUUCUUUCGGGUUGAGCUCCCAUCCUGGCAACGCCACUGCUGCCACUGUUACUGCUACUGCUAGUGAAAAGAACGACACGCACGACUCGUGGUCCAUAAAACGGUUCCUCAGCCGCCACGUAGGCGUGAGGUGGAGUGGCCCUUUGGCUUGGGUUGUCUCGACGCUGUGCGAGCUUCUUUCAUUCUGUGUGCCUCCACGUCUUGGGAGAGAGCCCAUACACAGAGUGGUGCGGACGAGGAAUCCGGAUCCAGCAGCGUACAAGAAGAUGCCCAGCCACGUCACGGUGGUCGAUGGCGUUGUCAUGGCUACAGGGCACAAGCAACUGGUAGCUACCCUUCUUAUGCUGGAUGCCAGCGCACCAUCCAACGUGGUCCGCUACAGCCCAUCCCGGCAAUUUAAGCUUAGCCUGACUCUGGACGUAAACCCAUUGCUAGCUACUCGUAAGGCCUGCGAACAACGAAAUACAGUCUGCCAUAUCUAGUCCCGCACGUACCAUGACCACAGACCUAACCCACAAGUAUCUUUUUCAAAUACUGCAAUAAUCAAGUAAGAGCGGGCUAUUGUACAGUUCCGACCCUGUGCCGAUCAUCGGGCAAGUCCAGAAUAGACUAGAUAUGUGGGGUUUGUUGGGUUGUCUGUGCCCUCCAAGACGGAGUGCACUAAGUAUGAGUAUAACAUUUGGCGCUGAUUGUGUGGAAUGAUCAACAGCUCACGUGGCGGGUUUGUGGCUGAGGAGGGAAAGCGAAUCCCCUUGGCUUCCAACGGGGCGAGGAAUGAUCGACAUCCUAGAUAUGGAAUACUGUGUGCUCAGUAUCAAGCUACGUGUUGUGUGUCUUUUGUAGGGUGGCUGAGUACGCAAGUGGGUUUCCU